AUGGAGAUAAAUGAAUUACAUCAAUUAGCACAAAUAGCAGUAAAGUAUGAUGAUAUUGGUGAUUUUAAUAAUGCAAUUAUUUAUUAUUCGAAAGCAGCAAAUCAAAUAUUUAAAUUAAUUGAAAAUAAAAAAAUAUCUCAAAAAUAUAAAGAAAUUUCUUUAAAAUAUUUAAAUAGAUGUGAGGAAUUGAAAAAACAUGUAAAACCAGAACAGAAUGAUUCUUUUUCUUUUGUUAUGAAAGCUUUGGAAUAUGAUGAGAAGGGAAAUUAUAAUGAGGCUUUGAAUUUGUAUACGGAAGGGGCUGAGUUGGGGCUUUUGGAGCUUAAAAGUCCAAAUAAUCCUCAAAAAAUACAAAAAUUAAAAGAAUUAACUUCAUUAGCAAUAGAAAGAGCAGAAAAAAUUAAAUCAUCAUUAAAUACCAACAGUCAAGGUUACAACAAUCCAUCAGCCCCAAUUUUAAGUGAUGAUGAAGAAAAAGUAGAAGAAGAGAUUAAUUUUGAUUUUUUAAAUAAAAUAUUUCCAAAAGUUCCAAUCAACGAAUUUAGUCUGGUUAGUCUAAAUAAUGAUCAAUCAACUUCACAAAUUAAACCAAAAAUAGAAAAUAAAAAUAAUGGAAAACAGCAGAGGCGUCGUUGGUCUGAUCAAAAAAAGAAAAAUUUUGGAGAAUUAUCUCAAAAUGAAAUUUCUGUUUUGGCAACAACUUCUCUUAUAAAUAAUCGAAAAUAUAUUCCUUUUAUUGAAGAAUGUGAUUUAAAAAACGAAUCUUUUUUUCUUCCAAUUCCAUUUACUGACAAGGACGGACUUUUGCCGUUAUCAGAAAAACAGAAAAAGAAUUUAAAAGGAUGGCUUAGACCUAAUGAAUUUAUAAAAGAUGAACCAAAAAUAAUUGAUAAAAUUGAUUCUGGGACUAUUAAACAGACUAUAGUUUCUGAUUGUUCUUUUGUUGCUUCACUUGCAAUUGCUGCGAGAUAUGAAAGACGUUUUGGAAUUAAAUUAAUUACGCAGUAAAUUAAUUUUUGGGGGGAUAUAUAAAUUAUUUGUUAGUCAGAUUUUUAAUGAGGUUUUUGGAAAUAGGGGAUUUUUAGAAAUUUCGGUUAUAGUAAAACUUGCCGUAAACUUUAAUGACAAUGAAUAUUUUUUAAUUUAUCUUUUUCUGGACUUGUACAGAGUCGACCCCAAAAAGACCUGUUUACCCAAAAGACCUACCUU